AAAAAACCACACAGAAAUCGUAUCAUGAGCGAACUAUUAAAGAGGACGGGUAAACAUCUUGAUAGUUGGAUAAAGGUCAAAAACAAGAUAGACACAUUGAAGGGAAAUUACAAAGAAUGGGUCGACCUAAUGAGUAAAACAGGUGUAAGUUCGGAUAGCAGAACUGGAGUUAUCCGUAUGGAUGACGAUUGGUGGCAAGAACGUGAAGCGGAGAGUAGAACCAUUUUGGCCUUUCACCGUAAACCGCCAAAAUAUUGGGAUGCAUUGCAACGUAUUUGUGGACAAUAUGAUGUAUCAACUGAACACAUGUACGAUGUUGAUGGAGCACGUAGAGAACUGCAUGAAGAAGACGAAAGAGCAGAUUUUAGUGGUGGUUUUGAUGAGGAUGGUUAUACUAAUAACGAGAUUCCUCAAACUCAUGACGAAAAUACUGAUGAAGAUGCAGCACCCGAAACACAUGUAGAUAUUCCAGUUGCAUCGGCAGAAAAAAUCCAGAAUCGUUCAGAUCGUAGUAACCGUAGAAAGCAUCAAUUCGAAAGCUCGGUUACCACUGCAUUUCAAGGAAUAGCAGAUGCACGACGUGCAACUGUAUCAGCUAUGCGACCUGAUAGGUACAAUCCCGAAGAAUACGCAAAAUUUAAAGAAGCAUUUGCUAUAUUGAAUUCUUUACCAAUUGAGAAGUACAAACCGUUUUGGAAAGCCUCAGCGAAGCUUCUUAAGGAGGAUGCAUGGUGGUGUAAUGCAUUUUUAGACACCUCUUUUGAGUCAGAUGAAGAUAGAAUCCGCUUUUUGGAAAGUAUAACUGAGGUGGACCGGUUGGAAACCGUAACUCCUUCAAAUUUGGCAAAUUUUGGAUCCUUUUUAAGUGGUUCCAGCGGUGGAAGUGUGCGAUCAUCAGGAAGUUCUGUAGGACAUUCUUCAGGAAAUUCUGUGGGACAUUCAUCCGGAAACUCUGAAUAUAGGUUUGCUGAAUUUCCACAGUUUCAACCAUCUCCCGCUAUGGGACAGUUUUUUUCUUCUCCAGUGCAAGGAUUUAAUAUGCCCGGACAGAUGAUGGGUGCGCCAUAUGUUCCGAUGAUGUUUCCUCAAGGAUUUGGUGGUUAUCCUUUUAUUGCCUCGUCGCCUGCUACACAAAUGAUGCAAACAUCAGGAUCUCCUGGAGUCUUUAAUGUUGGGGCAUCAUCAUCGAUGGGUGGAAUUUCAGCUACACAAAUGGGAGAAACUAAUCAAGAAACAAGAACAAAUUUUUCUCCUGGUUUUGUAACGCCAAAUCGACGAUCAACUAAUACUGGAUAUAGGUUUGGUGUAUCAUCUGCAACUGGUACUCAGCCACGACAGUUAAAUUUUAUGGAUGAUAGAACGUCAAACAAUCCAACUGAUAGCUCGAGACAAUGAAUAUAUAAUCUCAAAUGUUUAUGUCGUUUAUGAAUGUUUG